GUGGCCGCCCGCCUUCGGCAUUGUUGCCCCUCCGUGUCUUGCGCCGCCUGCUGAUGUUUAAUCGCCCACAGACCUGAGAGAGCCCGCGUCUCGAGGCGUCAAGCGGAGCCGUUCCCCCGACGACCUCGGGGACGCAGGGCCGCCCGGCUCAGCCGGUGAUGACGGUAUGUCGUGUGUCCGUGUCUGAUCUCUGUGUAGCGGCGCCUUUCCUCGACCAGAUCGACCCAUUUCCGCGUUACACCCCCCUUGGUCGUGCGACCCCGUGUGUAGGAUAUGGGACCACAGGCUGACGUCGCCGUCGCGCGUGCCGCAGGUGGCGACAAGCCGAGGAAAAGAGGAAGACCGAUGAAGUCCAGACCGUCCGGGGGGGUCCCCGAGAGUGCCCCGGUACCGGUCCCAACCCUCCCGCCCACUCCGCAGACGGUCCCUCCGCAGACGCCCCAGAGCCAAAAUGCACCCCUGCCCGCCCAGACGCCCACCUAUGUGCCGCCUCAGACGUCGCCGCCUAAAUCGACCCCGACGAAAUCGACUCUGAAGGCGCUCCCGACCGUGCGCGACCACACGACGGACCAGCUCGGCCCCGGCGGAGACGAAUACCUGCCGCGCGAGAUUGACGAGGCCGGCGAGAAGAAGGUGCUGCCCAACGGCCAGCUGACGGGAAACCGCGAGUACCGCUGCAGGACCUUCCUCGUCCCGAACCGCGGCGACAAGCUGUUCAUGCUCGCCACCGAGUGCGCGCGCGUGCUCGGAUAUCGAGACUCGUACCUGCUCUUCAACAAGAACAGGUCGCUCUACAAGAUCAUCGCGAACCAGGUCGAGAAGGACGAUUUGGUGGCCCAGGAGAUCCUUCCCUUUUCAUACCGCUCGCGCCAGAUUGCCAUCGUGACCGCCCGGAGCAUGUUCCGCCAGUUCGGCAGCCGUGUCAUUGUGAACGGGAGGAGGGUCCGGGAUGACUACUGGGAGACGAAGGCGCGCAAGCAGGGGUUCACCGAGGCCGACCCGGCGGGCGAGAAGCGGCCUGGUGCUUCUAAGGCCCGCGAGGCUGAGGCGGCCCACAGCGCCUCGAUCCUGGGAGCCCCGCACGGCGAGAUCGUCUACAGCACCAAUCCGGGCCAGUUUGGCGGUGCACCCCAGCCGCAGCUCAUGCAGCCAGGUAUGAUUGACGCAGCGCCGGGAAGCAGCUCGACCAGAAUGCCUUUGAUAACACUAGGACCAGAUUACAACGAUACGCGGAGUCGGGACUACUCGAGCAUCCUUAAGACGGGUCCUCGCCAGGAGAUCACCGGGCCGCCAUACCAGGACCGGAUCCAGCCCUCCCCGAUAUCCGAGCUGAAUGCCCAAGCCCAUCACGCGGCCGAGUUCAACCGGUCCAUCAACCAGCAGCGCGAGAUGCGCGGCGACUACAUGCAGAGUAUCUGGCGGAGGCCGCACGAGCAGCCUCCUCCGACGACGCUGAGCCAGCCCGUCAGCUCGAGCGACGCCACGGUGCCGACAUCGCGCCCGGGCCCGGCGUCCCACGCCAGUACCACCGGCCUGCAGCAGCCCGGCAUCGUCCCGAACCAGAGCCCCAUGAUGAUGACAGCCGCGCCGUACUCCCAGCCCAUCCAGGCGCAGAACCCGGUCGGCCAGAGCACGCUCAGAGGCUUGGCCCACGACCCUGUCCAGAGCACGUCGAGACCGACGUACCCGUCGUCCGGCUCCUCGGGCGCGCUGCCGCAGGCGACGCAGAACUACAGCUACUCGCAGAGCCAGAUGUGGCCCCCGACGCCGCAGACGCCGCAGCACGGCUACUCGGCCUACACGGCGCAGUCGCAGCCGUCGCCACACCCGCAGCAGCAGUCCCCAGCCCCGCAGCAGCUGCGCCACUCGAGCGCCUCCGGGCCGGUGCAGCCGGCCGGAGGACUGUCGUAUCCGGGCAUGCCCGGCAUGACCCAAGGAAGCUACGGCUCCCCCGCCGCGGGCCAGGGCAUGUACUCGGCCGACCAGACGCCCCGUCAGUACAUGCACCAGAGCCCGCAGGCGCCUGCCGUCACGCAGGCCUGGUCGCAGCCGCAGGCGCCCGGCCAGUGGUGGACUACUCAACCGCAGUGAAUGCCGCACUCCGGGUGCAGAUCUUCUGCGACGCGCCAGCGGGAGGGUAGUUUGUUUCGGCGGCUGUGCGCUGUGGUUCUGUUCUUUGCGCUCAGU